UCAUUUAAAUCAAAGUUCAACCCGAGAAGCAGCGAGACUCCAACAUGGAGCUGCAGGAGCUGAAGGAUGCGGCGGUAAACUUGCUGCUCCACAAUAAGAAAGCCGCUCUUCUGAUCGGCGGAGCUGGCGUCGCUGCUCUGGGACUUGGUCUCGGAUAUAAAUACCUGCGAAAGCCAGAAAAAGUUGUUCGUGUAGGCGUCGUGUCGCAGCUCCUCAUUCAUCCUCUGAAGUCUGGCAGAGCCGUGUCUGUGGCUCUGGCCGAGUGCCAAAACCUCGGUCUCAAGUUUGGAGAGUUGCAGGAUCGACACUGGCUCGUGGUCACAGAGGACGGUCGGAUGGUGACGGGCAGGCAGGAGCCUCGUCUGGUGUUGGUGUCUCUGACCUGUGAGGGAGGUCAUGUUUGUCUGAAUGGCCCAAACAUGGAGGAGCUGCGAUUCCCCUUCAAACAGCCCGACAACCCGGUCACCAACUGCAGAGUGUUUUCAUCUGACAUUCAGGGACGGGAUUGCGGUGACGAGGCGUCUCGCUGGCUCACUCGCUACCUGGGGGAAGAGAAAACCUUUCGCAUGGUGCACUUUGAACACCAGAUGAGGGCGAGGAAGUCAGCAGCGAUAGAGCCUCUUUUCCCUCAAAAUGAGGAGGUGGCCUACCAAGAUGUCGGACCUGUGAUGCUGCUGUCCGAAUCGUCUGUCAAUGAUCUCAGCAGCAAGUUGGAUAAGGCGGUCACAGUGGAGCGUUUCCGCCCAAGCAUUGUCAUAAGUGACUGUGAACCAUUUGCUGAGGAUUCGUGGGAAGAGCUCCAGAUUGGCAGCGUGAGACUGCAGCGUGUAAUGUCAUGUGGACGAUGUCUUUUCACCACCGUUGAUCCUGAAACAGGUAUAAUUAGCAGAAAAGAACCUCUGGACACACUGAAAAGCUAUCGUCUGUGCCAACCCUCUGAGAAGCACAUCUACAAGUCAGACCCGCUGUUUGGACAGCUGCACAUAGUGAAGAAGACGGGGAUCCUGCAAGUCGGCGAUGUGGUUUAUAAGAUCAGCCGCUAAAGAGAGUCAGAGAGGGAAAAACAUUCUGACAUACAAUCAACACACUACCCUAAUCACUGUGCUAGUCCACACUAAAGAAAGCCCUUACAGAGAUGAAAUGUACAUCAAUAAUAAAGGAAAAGAACAUUAAAGUUGCUUAAAGCACAAAUGUGUAACAAAAAUAUAUUUUUUGUGAAGCUGUGAUUCAUAGAGAGACAACGGGCAGUUGAAAUAAAAACUUUUUUUUUUA